UUACAGUAGAGAGAGAGACUCAGAUAAUCCAGAAAGAUAGAGAGAGAAACAAGUGGAUUUGUGGGGAUCUGUACGCUUUCCGUGAUAAAGUUAAACCUUUUUGCUUUCAGCGUCGGCCGUCCCACAAAUCCAAGGGAAUUACAGACAGUUACGUGAACCAAUCGCAUUCUCUUAUCUGAUCUUUGAAUCUCAAUUCCGAUUCCGAAAUGACGACGAUCAUGGAGAACUCCUACUCCCCUGUCAACCUAGAAGGCGAGCAUGAAUUGGAUUUCGUUUCCUCCAUUAAGCGCGACAAAGUAAUUAUCGAUACAGAUCCCGGUAUUGAUGAUAGCAUGGCGAUUCUAAUGGCAUUUCAGAGUCCACAAUUACAGAUAUUAGGGUUAACUACUGUUUUUGGUAAUGUUACUACUGAAGAUGCAACCCGUAAUGCCUUGCUUUUGUGUGAGAUUGCAGGAUAUCCCAAUCUUCCUGUUGCUCAAGGCAGUCCUGAACCUCUCAAGGGUGGGGAACCGCGAGUUGCAGAUUUUGCCCACGGUUCAGAUGGGUUAGGAAACCUAUUUCUUCCAUCCCCGAACAGCAAGAAAUCUGAAAAGUCAGCAUCUGAAUUUAUGGUCGAAAUGGUAUCUAAAUAUCCAGGCGAAGUAUCUAUACUCGCACUUGGACCACUCACAAACUUGGCUUUGGCUGUCAAAAGGGACUCCACUUUUGCUAAAAAGGUUAAAAAGUUGGUUAUUCUUGGUGGGGCUUUCUUUGCACUUGGAAAUGUCAAUCCUGCAGCUGAAGCUAAUAUCUAUGGAGAUCCAGAAGCAGCUGAUAUAGUUUUCACAUCUGGAGCUGAUAUUACUGUUGUGGGCAUAAACAUAACGACGCAAGUUAAGUUGACAGAUUUAGAUCUGGAUGAAUUGAGUCAGUCUAAGGGAAGAUAUGCACAACUUCUUUGUAACAUGUGCAAGUUCUAUAGAGAUUGGCAUGUGAAGUCUGAUGGAGUUUAUGGAAUAUUUCUUCACGAUCCAGUUAGUUUCGUGGCGUUGAUUGAGCCGGAUUUGUUUACAUAUAAGAAGGGUGUUGUUCGGGUUGAAACACAAGGGACUUGUUUGGGUCACACCCUAUUGGAUCAAGGACUCAAGAAAUGGAAUACGAGUAAUCCUUGGACAGAUCAUUCUCCGAUUUCAGUUGCGUGGACGGUUGAUGUGGAGAAAGUACUGAACUAUAUCAAGACAUUAUGGAUGAAGCCAUGAAAGUCUUUUUCUUUCCUUCUUUUCUUAAGGUUGUUGGUGGGGUGGGUGGUAUUCUAAUAAAUUCAAUGUAAUUUCAUUUGAAAGUGUGAAAAAACUAUUGAUGGAUUAACUAUUCUUCAAUUUAAUAUAUUUGCUGGUUCUCUUC